AUGUUCAAGUUGGCUCUGAUUGCAGCUGUUUGUGUUGUUGGCGCUCAAGGAUGUAACUUGAAGGGGAACACUAAUGCUACGAUUACUAUUGGUGUUACCUUGGAAGACGAUUCACGUAUGUUAUUCUUAGUAUGAUUAAUUGUUUGUUCAUUACGAUAUUGCGCGAAAAGUAUGGCGAGUUCUUUAUGUCGGCGCCUAAGAACAAGGAAAGUACCGGACCUGCCCCGCUCUGAUUGACUUCAAACUUUUUUAUAUAGAAAGGCAAUGUAAAUAUAAGACCUUCAGCAAAGUAAUAAAUCGCGCUUUCCUGGAAAUCUCGAGAAAAUCGUGAUCAAAAAACUGCGUUUUGAAUUUCGCGUCAAAUUGGCAUUGUGUUUCAAGCUUAUAACUUUGCCAUUUUUAGACUUUUAAUAAUUUUUCUUUGAUAUUCUAGUAGAAUAACUUUAACUGAACCUACAUUUUUUAAUUUGUAAGCGUAGUUUGUCUGAAAAGUCAAAAAAAGUGCUUGACACACAAUGCCAAAGUCGCCAAAUUGGCGGAAAACCAAAAAUAAUUCAAAUUUAAAACUCAAAAGCGCAGGUUACAAUUUUUUAUGGGUACUACUGGUAGUACAAGGAACUCGUAUAAAAAUUUUUGAGUUGAUUCUGAGCGGGGCAGGUAGGGUACUUUCCUUGUCAAAUUAAUUUUAUAUGGUCUUCCAGAGAUUUUUUAAAUUUUUUUAAAAUUGAAAUAUAUCUUUUAACCAUUACCACAAAACUUCAGAAUACCUAGUUGCCGACCGCAAAAACGGCUUCAAAGUAGCCGACAACCCAUUGGAAAUCGGAAUUCCAACCAAGGCCUUCAAGGAGCUACAAACAAUGACACAAGACAGCAGCAAUUUGGAAACCUUCUUCAACAAUAACAACAUUUACUUCAGUGUUAAGACCCCGGAAUAUAGUUCUCACGAGAUCAACAGAGUUGGUCAGUUCGAAUUGAAAAUCGUUGAUGGAAAGGAAUGGGUGCUCGGCCAACAGUUCUUGUUCCGUGUUUGUGACGACGUCUUCGAUGGUGAUUACACUGUUAACCGUGAUGAUUGGGUUGUUACUUCUUCUAGUCCAUUAUGA